CGGGAUUGCUUGCUCUCUUCGGGAGUGUAUGAGAGCGAGCGCGAUACAGACAGAAGAGAAGAAAAACACACAAAUGAAACAAUUGUUUGUUUCGGCAGGUGCAUAAAAUUAUCGGUGUAGGUUUUUUUAACUCCACCAGAACUUUGAUAAUGUGUAGAAAAAGCGUGAAAACGAAGUGAAAAGUUUGCGAGCUUUGUCGGGAAAUUCGCGAAACGGUGCUGGAAACUGGAGCUGAGAUGAGAAAUUGGUGCAGUGAGCCAGGUGUAAGCAGUCGAACGAACGAACGAACGAAAAGUGCAGCAAAUUUAGAAGAUGAUGCGGUGCAAGCGAUUGCGUGUUAUAGAUUCCCUUUUCCAUAUUCAUGUGUUCUAUGUGUUCUUAGCGCUAGCCGCGUGUACUUAUAUAAACGAUUAUCGGUGUAUGGUGUAAAGCACAAUAGAGCCGUGAACGUGGCCCAACAUAUUCUUCCGUAUCAUUAUGUAAAGAACAUUGGAAGAUAAAAAAGGAACCACUCACGCGUUUUCUAACAUUGCGACCGAACGCCCCAACAUCUCUUCUGGUGCGUAUUAUGCAAAUGAGCAUGGUUUCAAGUGAAAAGUGAAGAAAGUGGCCAGAAACGUAGAUGAGUUUACAGAAGGGCACGCGUUUGUGUGAUAUAGCUAUUGUUAGUCGCAAGUGAAGUGUGCUUAACUGAUGUAUGUAUCUCUUUGGAUGUGUAGCUUGCGGUUCAAGGGUGUCGCUGUGUGAAUGGUGUCCCGAUUCUUGCUCGAUAUGUUUGUCCCGAACAUUUAGAAGUGUUGCUUAAAAGGCAAUAAAGGUGUAAAUGCGCACUGCAAGUGAUCGUUAAAUUGUUGCCCUUGUGUGUUGGGUGCAGCAAACAGUGGUGCAGUUUUCAUUGGGGGAAGAAUUGGCUUUGGGAUUUGCUAUGGCAGCAGCAGCAGCAGCAGGUACGCCUAAUUCCAUCGAAGUUCAAAUCGAUAAUUUUUUGGAGCAAUUCAAACGGAGCGCCUCCAAGGCUAUGGAUGGUGACUGGUCAUCAUCUUCUGCGGUCACCACGCCGCAGUCCGCCUGUUCGUCCGGAUCGAAGCUGAAAAACUUCUUCGCCGACCAACUUACACACGAAGAAAACAGCAACUUUGCCAACAAUGGCAGCACCAGCAGCAAUGCAUCAUCGUACCAUUCUGCCCAUCAGAACCACCAGCAGAACCAUCAGCACCAGUACAAUAGUUAUCAGAAUACUUUCCAACACCAAUCAUCCGUAACGUCCAACACGUCGGUGCAGACCGUGUUAAACCAGAGCCUGCAGAACUCGGCCAACGUUAACAAGCUGAUCGAAAACGUGUGCCAAAACGGGAAUCACUUCAAUUUGAACACGUUUGGCAGUUGCAGUUCGCUUAUCACGACCAAUGGGCACGCGUCUUCGAGCGGGUCGAUAAUGAGAGAUAACAUGAACUCGGCUGUCAGCGUCAGUUCGGCGGAGGAACCGCUCAGCGUGGGCGAUGUGGCCGAUCUGCUCCAUCCCCAGUACGCCAUAAUUACCGGUGGACGCUCGAAGGACGGUUGCCCGCUAAUAACGUUUCCCGAUUACAACAACUUUCAAAAUCUCACCGAUCUGGAGUAUCAAAAGCUGAUGCUUUACCUAACCUCCGUACCGUCCCUGUCGGAGGCCGAUCUGGGCUUUAACCUGAUCGUCGAUCGGCGCAAAGAUAGAUGGGCGGCGGUGAAGGCGAUACUGUUGAAAAUUUCCAUCUACUUCCCGGCGAUGGUGCAUAUCGUGUACGUCAUUCGUCCGGCCGGCUUUCUGCAGAAAGCCAUCUCCGAAGUGAGCAAUAAGUUUUUCAAGGAUGAGUUUCGCUUCCGCGUGAUCGUGUGCGGUACGCUGGACGAGCUGUACGAGUACGUUUGUCGCGGGCAGCUUACGGCGGAGCUGGGCGGCGAGCUGCCCUAUUCGCACCACGAGUGGAUACAGCAGCGCAUAUCGUUGGAAAAGUUUUCCGGCCUGACGAACAUCAUAUCGGGCAACUUGGAUGCGUUUAUGAAAUCGAUCAACGACAUGGAGUUUCCCAACUCGGUCGAAGCGACCGAGCAGUUGAUCAACGAUCAGGGCGAGCAGUACGAAAAGUUGAAGGAGGAUAUACUUUCUGCCGGCCAACACGGCGAAGUGCUGCUGGAAGAAAUGAAGAGCAAAAAGGAAUACGAUCGCGACACGGUAGAACGCUUCGGCAACAUAAGUUCUAUUGAAAGACUUUUGGUACAACUGGAGGAAACCGAGCGCCAAUUUGAAGACUUUUGGACGAUGCAUCUGUCCCGGUUGAAGAAAUGUCUCGAGCUGCGCCGCUUUGAGCAAGAUUUUCGCGAACUGCAGAAUAAUUUCGAUCGCCAUUUAAAAACCGUAUCGGAUAUGACCGAAAUUGGAGAAACCGUCACCAGGAUGGAUCAGCUGCUGAACGAGACCAAAGAAUUCCAACUCAUCUGUGGGCUGGACGUCGAACGGGCACAGCACGUCAUCAGCACCGGACAGCGGCUAAUCGGUACGAAAGGUUGUAUCAGUUCCUGUCCGAAAGAGGUAGUGCAACCAAAGUGCGAUGAGCUGAGUCGCGUCUGUGCGCUCAUUCACGACCGCAUUUCGAAGCGGAUCGACACUCUUGCCAAAGCUCGCGAGUUGAUGGAGCGGGUCGAAAAGGCAAAUAAAUGGUGUACGCGGGGCAUUGAGCUGUUAGCGACGCAAAGGAUCGAAAAGUGUUCUGUGUCGGCCGAGAUAGCAGAACAGAGUCUGCAGGAGAUUCAGGACUAUCUGGCAUCCGCGGCCGAGUUUAAGCUGUACAGUCCGAAGGAAAUAAAGAACGAAAUCCAAGAAAAUACGACACUGGAAACGAAGGCAUUAGUGUCACAGGUGUUGCAGCGUAUCGAUGACGUUCAGCUGAUGUGCGAUAAGCGAAUGAUCACGCUGAAGAAGCUCACGCUGAAGCCCCCGCGUCCAGUGCAAACUGUUACGCCAGAACCAGCGGUACCGUUGCAGCCUCCGGGCGGUGCACCUCAUCCUAUCUUUCGCCAGCGGCGAUCGUACAGUAAGAUUGAAAACUUUUCACCACGACCUCGAUCGAUUGAAGGACCACUUGACUCGGGCAUCUCGAUUAGCAGCGACACGGCGAUAACCAGUUCGGACAGUGAUCUGAAUUUGCAGAGCCAAACGGACUCGGAUGAGCGAAAAUUGAAACGAGGACAUGUUUUAGCAGAGCUGCUGGAAACGGAACGAAUCUACGUCGCUGAGAUGGGUUCAAUUUUGAAGGGCUACAAAGAUGAGAUGCUGUCCGAGGAGAUGAGCUCACUGGUGCCGCCCGGAUUGCAAGGAAAAUCGGACAUACUGUUUGGCAAUCUGCACGAGCUGUACACCUUCCACAAUGACAUUUUCCUGAAGGAUUUGGAAAACUGCAUUUCCACCACCGAGCUGGUCGCACUUUGCUUCGUGCAACGGCGCGAUACAUUCUUCCGGCUGUACUCGUACUACUGCCAGAACAUACCACGUUCGGAGCGCUUGCGGGAAACGCUCGUCGAUACGCACCUGUUCCUGCAGGAAUGCCAAAAGAAGCUCGGCCACAAGCUCCCGCUGGCCGCGUAUUUGUUGAAGCCGGUGCAAAGGAUUACCAAGUAUCAGCUGCUGUUGAAGGAUUUGCUCAAGUUUAGUGACACUGGAACAUGCUCAAGGGAACUGCAGAAGGCGCUCGACUGUAUGCUGGUGGUGCUCAAGUGUGUCAACGAUUCGAUGCAUCAAAUAGCAAUUACAGGCUUUCCGGCCGAUUUAUCGCAGCAGGGUGAGCUGCUGAUGCAGGACUCGUUCCAAGUGUGGACGGAGAGCAAGAAGGAUUUGCGGCUCCGGCUCAAAACCCAAAACCGGCACAUCUUCCUGUACCAAAAGGCGAUGCUGUUCUGCAAGCAGGGUUCCAAAACGGGACACAACAAGAGCACUUACCAAUUUAAACACUGGCUGCAGAUGUCACAGAUAGGUUUAACGGAGUCGGUGCGCGGAGAUUCGAGACGGUUCGAGGUGUGGUUGCAGGGCCGCCAGGAGGUACACACGAUACAGGCGACCACGAUCGAGAUCAAAAACAAAUGGGUGGCCGAGAUUAAGCGCGUGCUGCUGAAUCAGCUGGAAGAGCUGAAGGGAGAAAAGAUAAAGCAGUACGGCCUGAACCACAAACCACUGCGACACAUGACGUCGUGGGAUGUUCCGCAAGCCGCCGUUCACGGUACGCCGAAUCGGACGGUGAGCUGUGACCAGCAGGCGCAACAUCAGCCGACCAGCAACGGUUUGGCGGGCGUCGGUGGAAUGAUCGGACUUGCGCAGGAUGUCGUCACGCGGAUAUCGAACAUCAACGAUGACAGUCUGCUGAACGCGACCGGCAUCUCGUCCUCGUCGUCCGAGCACGAUAAUCAGGAAAGCAACGCGUGGAGCUCCGACUACUCCAACAGCGAGGACGAGUUCACCACGGUCGAGGACAGUGUCGUGCCGGGACACAAGUUUGUUUCGCUCGCGGACUACUGCGCGAUGGGCAACUCGGAAGUGUCGAUGAAGGAGGCGGAAGUGGUAGAGCUGUUGAAGGUCGGUUGUGCCGGAUGGUGGUUCGUGAAGGUGGUCGCUACCGGCCUCGAAGGAUGGGCUCCGGCCGCGUACCUGGAAGCGGUCAGUCGCAAAAACUCUCGUCUACGCAGUGCUCGCAGUCAGGACCGGCUGAACGAGCACUAGUAGGAAGCAGUCGCACAGCAUCCCCGGGCGGGUGCAAAUUUAGAGCCAAAGCAAAAGAGAAACUGACUGCCUGGAGCUGCUUCUGGAGCUGUGUGUAAUUAUGACUAGGUGUGUCAAGAAGUGUUUAGUUAGACAAUACUACUAUUACUACUCUCCUACCACGGCUGCGUCACGUCUCUCGGGGCCCGCCGGCCACGCGCGUAAGAUGUGUAUGAUUUAUCCAAGUACCUCGAAUUGAUGCGUCGAUUCUUUCUAAUGCUAAUUGUAAGACGCGUUGUUUGGCUUAAAGCAUGCGGCAAAGUGAUGAAUACUGAAUGAGACUUAGAGUAUUAGUAGAAGAAACACGACUCGAAUAGGGGCAAUAGGCAGUGUUCCGGCACCCUUCUUUCGAAUCUUUGCGAUCUCUAUUUUACACGUUCGCUUUUCCUGCUUUUCCCUGUUUUUCCUUCCACUUCGCGCCGGAACCGUAAUCGUGUAUAAUCCUAGCUAACUAAGCCCGUACGUGGAAAUAUUUAUUUGCAAUGGAAUGGAGCCUGCUGUGUUGAUACGCUUUUGAUAAGCGAGCGUAGUUCAGUGGACGUAGUACCGGGCCAAUAAUCGCCUGCUGUAGACGAAUUGCAAUAUUAACUCACCUAAAAGCUGUUGUUUUUUACUCGCUAGUAGUACGCAGUUAGCUAAUAUAUCAUCUCAUCACACGUAUUUAUCCAUCUCGGUAAUAUAAAGCUAACGGACCAUAAUCGGCUUCGGAGUUGUGUGUUGCGAAUCGAAUAUUGAACGUUUAUGUGUCGCACAAACUAACAAC